AUGACUUGGUAUAAAAGUUUGCCAGACGAGUCCAUCACAUCAUGGAGGGUGCUCGGAAAACUUUUUUCCAGACAUUUCACGGCCUCCCGAAGACACCCAAAGUCAGAAGCCUCCUUGGAAGCCAUUAUCCAAGGAAAGGACGAGUCCCUACGGGCGUACAUAGAAAGAUUCAAUAAAGAAGUCGUACAGGUAUCCACCACUGCCCAUAUGAAGAAGUUCUCGCUCGAGCGCGGCCUCCGACCACGCUCGGACUUCGCUAAAGCCGUCGGAAUUGAAACCCCAGCCACUCUUGACGAAUUCUUCCUCAAAGCCCAAGCCUACAUACAGUAUGAGGAAAAAGAAGCCGCCCACGCCGUCCGCAAUUCCAGGCACGAAGAGAGCAGUAAAAAUGCACGCCAAGAUGAGUCUCGCCGAGGAACUGACAAAAAGAAGGAUGAUAAAACUCAGGACCUCGAGGACUACAAAGCCCCUGUGGGGAAAUUUCGAGAGUACACCCCGCUGAACACUUUGAGGGAGCGCAUCUUGAACGAAUGCGCAAACGCCGAGUUUCAGACGGGCAAGGUCCAGUUCCCUAAGAGCUUGCCCGCCCGGCCAAACGUGGAUAAAUCGAAAUUCUGCCGUUUCCACAAAGCCCACGGGCACAAUACCGAGGAUUGCAUCCACCUUAAGGAUGACAUAGAGAUAUUAAUCAGAGAGGGACAUCUGAAGCAAUAUGCGAAGAAGCAGGAGGCCGCUAGAGAAGCUAAGCCAGUCACCGAGGAAAAGCCGGCGGAGGAUACGCCCGCCAUGCAAGUGGCCAUGAGCAUUACCAGGCCGGAAGAUUUUUACCUCCCUGACUGGGCCAACGCAGCAACCACUUAUUCCUCCCAUAGCACAUGGGAGAGGUUCCCGUCCGCAAUGGUUAUAUCAGGCGGGGGUUUCAGCAAGCUGACCAUCGGAUCCGUAAAACGCAAGUUCGACAAGCUAAUCUCGGCCAGCGCAAACAUAGCCUCGACCUCCGACCAUGCCAAAGGCAGUCCCUCCUCAAUAUCUUUCUAUAAAGAAGAGUUUCUCGGAGGAGCACCUAAUGCGACCAUCCCUCUCCUCAUCCAAGCACGGAUGGCUAAUUUUGACGUGCGACGCAUAUUGGUCGACCAGGGAAGUUCAAUGGACAUCAUGUACUCCCAAUUGUUCAAAACGUUGCAGCUGAACGACAGUCACCUUACACCAUACGUAGGAUCGGACCUACAAGGAUUCAAUGGCACAGUAACCAAGCCGUGGGGAUUCGUGGAACUCAUAGUUUCGAUCGGGUCGGCAGAGACCACCAGGGCAGUGAAAGUCCAAUUUUUGGUCAUCGACUGCCCAUCAAUAUACCAGUGCAUCCUCGGACGCCCCACUCUGGCCGAAUUAAUUGCGGUUCCCUCAAUCGUACACCUCAAGCUCAAAUAUUAUACGACCAAAGGACAAGUAGCGACAUUCCACGGCGACAUCGAAGCAGCCAGAAGGUGUUUCGAAGCCUCCGCCAAGGGCCUGAGCGCGAUAAAAACACCGGCCCAAGAGAAGACAACAACCAACGCUACUUCAGAAACCAACAAAUCUAUGCCCCGCAUCGACACUAUCGACCUCGACAGUCGUUUUCUGGGAGAACCCGAGCAGAGCAUCAACUCAGGCGCAUCAGAAGGGAUCCUUCGGCAAAUUCCAGAUGGAGACUUUAAGCUCGUAGCCCUCGGAGAAGAUCCGACCAGGGGAGUCAAGAUCGGAUCAGACCUGCCAGACCUGGCCAAAAGGCAACUCAAAGCUUGCCUCCGUGAGAACGCCGAUCUAUUCGCCUGGAGCGCUGCAGAAAUGCCCGGGCUCGACCCAGAGGUAGCUUGCCAUCACCUGACCAAUGACCCGACUUGCAAGGCCGUCGCUCAGAGGAGAAGAAAAUAG